GAACAAGCGACGUAGCUCUGUCAGCUGUUCUUGUUUUGCUUCUUUUCCCCUCUUCUUCUCGUCCAGGCUCCCGGGAACCGACCUCCAAAACAACCGCACUCAGGCUGAAUUUGGACUCAUCUGUAGCGGAGAAAAAACCCGCCGGCUCUUCCUCGAGAGCUUACUUUCACAAAAACUCGGUUCACAUUUCUCCCAAAUUGGAGCCGUCUUCCGCCGACAUCGAGCGAAGAGGUGCAGCCGAUCCCAGGCCUCCAAUCCAGGGCGGAGGGGGGGAAGGAGGUCGCUGGGAAUCGGGAUGGAGAUCGGAGAGGGUGCUGGCGGGCCUGGCGGACCGGACGGACCGGGGAUCCGUUUUGGCUGCGCCUCUUUCAACCAAGACUCCACGUCACUGGCUUUGGGAACAAAGACCAACUACAAGCUGUUUUCUCUGACCAUGGUGGAAAAACUGGACUGUAUCCAUGAGAGUGCAGAGACUCCAGAUGUCUACAUCGUGGAGCGCCUCUUCUCUAGCAGUCUGGUAGUCGUGGUGAGCACCGCCAUGCCUCAACGUAUGAACAUCUAUCACUUCAAGAAGGGCACGGAGAUCUGCAACUAUAGCUACCCCGACAAGAUCCUGGCCGUCAAGCUUAAUAGACAGAGACUCGUGGUGUGCCUUGAAGAGUCCAUUUAUAUUCACAACAUCAAAGACAUGAAGCUGCUCAAGACUCUUCUCAACACUCCAUCCAACCCCUCAGGUCUUUGUGCUUUGUCUGUCAACCAUUCCAACUCCUACCUAGCGUACCCCGGUAGUGCCACCAUUGGGGAGAUCAUAGUGUACGAUGCCAACAAUUUGAGCACAUUGACAAUGAUCCCGGCCCAUGACAGUCCUCUGGCAGCUCUCACCUUCAACGCCUCGGCCACCAAACUUGCCAGUGCCUCAGAGAAGGGUACCGUCAUCCGAGUGUUUUCCAUUCCUGAGGGCCUGCGCCUGUUUGAGUUUCGACGGGGCAUGAAGAGGUAUGUCAAUAUAAGCUCUUUAUCAUUCAGUCCGGAUGGCCAGUUUCUCUGUGCAUCCAGCAACACAGAGACAGUACAUAUCUUUAAAAUGGAGCAAAUGGGACCAAGCGGAGGGGACGAGGCUGCCACCUGGACAUCCUACGUGGGGAAGAUGUUCUCAGCAGCCAGCAGCUACUUCCCUGCUCAGGUAUCCGGCAUGAUGAGCCAGGAUCGGGCCUUCGCCACUGUUCACCUCCUCACAUCCGGCCAGAGGAACGUCUGCACCCUGGCUACGAUCCAGAAGCUUCCGCGGCUGCUGGUGGCCACAGCUGACGGCCAGCUGUUCAUCUACAACGUGGAUCCACAGGAUGGAGGCGAGUGCAUGUUGGCGCAAAAACACAGGCUUUUUGGUGUUGAUGAUGACCAAGGCGAAGGUACAGAGUUAGAGGGGUCAAAGGUCACAGGGCCAGUACAGGCUUGUCCUUCCUAUGCUGCGACCGCUGCCUUACCAGCCUCUGGCCCCAUCACUGCAACUCUUACCGGUUACUCUGAAGAUGGCGGGGCAAAGAAAGGCGAAGUCAUCCCAGAACACGAGUUCGCUGCUGGACCUGUGUGUCUGGACGACGAGAAUGAGUUCCCUCCUAUUAAUUGGUGCCGCGACGGGACUGGAGGUGGACAAGCGAGGCGCUCGUGAGUGGGUAGAAGGACAGAUGGACAAACAGGCAGACAGGCACGGGCAAGUGAGAUGAACAGCAAAAAAAAAAAAAAAAAAAAAAAAAGUCUUUCAGGGUGCCAAGUUAUGUUUUUCAGUUCGGGAGGAAGUAACACUGAUUAACAUUCAAGUUACCGUGGGAAACAAAACACUGAGCAAGAAAUAGAUGUCACACAGUGUAGUCUUUGUGUUGCAUAAUGAUUGUUUCAAAGGUUCACUUCUGAUUUGGUCACAGCACCGGUAGUACCUCUAAAACUCCCCUGAGAUCACUGUUGAGUUUCUGAGAACCAGCUGUGAACUUGGAGGACAUUUCUGAACUUGUAGAUGUUGUUGGCGACUUAGGAAAAAAAAAAAAGAAAAAAAAAAUCAGGGAAUUGAUCAUUAAAGAGUGUUUCGUGAAAGUAUGAGCUGCAUGCUGGAGCAGAAAUAUAACCACACUUUUCAUAGCUUUAUUACUUGACAGAUAUUUUAUGAAGUUGCAUUAUUGUAGCAACGUUUUUAUUUUCCUCAGUAAUAUCUUAGUUUACGUCCAUGAUAAAGAAAUUGUUUUCAUUUUAAUUCUGUAUUGUAUUUUACUGCAUUGACAUGUAUUAUUAAAUAUUUCUGUGUAUGCCUCUGGAUACAUUUCAGAAGGUGUGUAUGUACUGUACCGUUUGUUUGUGCCUAUUAUCAUUUGUAAAAGAGCAAAAGUAUUUUGCUAAUUGCACAAGACCAAAACAAGUGAAAGAAAUAAAUUCAUAUAGAAAGAAUGAACCUAUGCAAAGCAAAA